GAGAAGCCUCAUAUAGCGACAUCAAUAUGGGGUGAUGAAGGUACAGUUUGUUUUCAAGUCAAUGUUCAAGGUAUCUAUGUUGCAAGGCGUCAAGAUAAUGAUAUGAUCAAUGGUACAAAGUUAUUAAAUGUAACUGGUAUGUCUCGUGGUAGAAGAGAUGGGAUUCUAAAGAAUGAAAAGAGACGCGUGGUAGUAAAGAUUGGAGCUAUGCAUCUUAAGGGUGUCUGGGUCACUUUUACACGGGCCAAGGCUUUAGCAGAGCAAUUCAAUAUCAUUGAUCAGCUUUAUCCUCUCUUUGAAGAUAAUCCAAUACCCUUUUUCUGC